AUGCCGUCAAGGCGGAAUUCAAUCAUCUCCUGGAUGUCGCUAGAACUACUUUCAAGGAGAAUCUCGAUGAUAUCGAGCAGUAACGUCAUUCUCUGCAUUGCACUCUUGAGCCGAGGAAGAAGACCAAGUGUGUGUUCUCAAGCGUCUUUCUCCAACACAACGCGAGAUUGGAGGAAGCCCAGCAAGAGAUUCUUCUACUCAGUGGCGACAUUUGAUGCAAUUGCCAAGCUUGAUGUUCUCGCUUGUUUCGCUGAAUUGGCAUCUGUACGACCAAUGUUUGGCGAGACGAUUGCGAUCAAACUCAGUCGACAUCCCAUUCUCGACAAAACACUUGGUCGGGACGAUUGUGUACCCAAUGACAUCUAUGCUGCACAAGGUCAUGCCUCCUUUCAGUUGAUACAAGGACCAAACAUGUCGGGCAAAAGCACCUUCCUUCGACAAGUCGGGCUGCUCACAGUGCAGGCAAUGCUAGGUUGCUAUCGACUGUCAAAUGAUGACUCCCUCGACCGAAAUUUGUCAACUUUCGCAUCCGAAAUGGCAACAUCAGCCAUGAUCUUAGGCUUGGCAACUCCCAAUUCUCUCAUACUCAUUGAUGAGCUCGGUCGAGGAACUGCUCCCCUUGAAGGCCUUGGUCUGUCUCACGCCAUUGCCGAGUCCCUGAUCAAUCGACAAGUAAGUUCCGGCAGAUUGAGUAUGGAUGGCUUAUGA